CAACUAUGCGCCACCAGUUGACAACAUACAGCACGAGUUUCACCUUGUUGUGAACCCAGUUGGACACGAAGAUUAUCAGCCUUCAGCAAAACCGACCUGAGAUGCCAAAAUAUUGUUCCGUCCCAAACUGCAAGAAUGACUCCGGAAACGGGAGCGAAAGGAAGAGCUUCUACAAGUUCCCUCUACAGGACCCGGUCCGGCUGCAGCAGUGGCUGAGGAACAUGGGACGUGAGAACUGGACUCCCUCUCGACACCAGUAUAUUUGCCAUGAACAUUUUGCAUCUUCGUGCUUCAAGGUGCGCUGGGGGAUCCGAUACCUUGAGAGCGAUGCAGUACCCACAAUCUUCCAGGAGGCCGAGAAACGGAAAGCGAUGGAUCACAGUGAAAGGAAGCCAAAACGGCUUCGAACUAACAGUAAUCAAAGCAUAGCCUUGUCAGAUGACAGGACAGUGGCUGCUGACGCUGUUGAGAUGGAGAGUACAUUACACACGGUACACCUGUAUGAGAUCACUGUUGACCCAUCGCAGCAGGGAGAAACCAGCCUGGUGGAGUCAAGUGAUGUAGGAGAAUCUGACCACUCUGUACAGACAGACCUGAACCAGCUGGCGUCAGUGGAUGGAUUUGAAGCAAGGGCAAAGUUCCCCUUAACUUUAUUCCAGACAGUUAAUGAUCUCAGUAACAGUGGAGAGGUGGUGGUGAUGUCUGAAUGCCCUGCUGGUGAAGGGCAGGAUGAGCUUCUGAAUGGAAUCACUGCUGCCAUUUUAACUCAGGGCCAUGGGCUGGUCAUGAAUGACUCCACACUUGGCUGUACAGAUGAGGCCGUGGCCUCUCUAGGUGCUGAAGAUAUGACUUGCUCCACAGAGGAUUUCUCAGGUGUCCAGGGAAGCCAUGAAACUCAAGUGAUCGCCUACUUUGAGACGAUACCAAACGUUGUCCCCAGUAAAACCUCUACUGAGUUCACCUUCACCCCGGAUACAGUUCUGUCAUCUGCUCUGAGCUCUAAGCCCAUCACCUCUACUCUGCCUAUUGUGUCCAAACACGUGCCACCUUCACCCACGUCACUGGUCCUCACUGUGGAAAGACUGGACGCAGAUGAGGGAGAGGGAGAAGACGGCAAGUCAGAGGAGGACAGCAUAGAGUGGCAGGAUCACCAGCUGGAGGAACACUGCUACCAUAAGAACAGUCUGAGCAAGGAGCAGCUGGAGGCGAUUGUGGCUGAGCUGCAGAAGAAGGUGAAGGUGCUGCAGCAGCGACACCGCCGACACCUGGAGAAGCUUCUGGGACUGGAGAACACGGUCAGCCAGCUGAAGCAAAGCAACCUGCUGAACGAAGAGCGACUACAACUGCUUGAGAGGGCUUACAUACAGACAAGUGCAACAAUGCCAGAUGCUGGUGAGACUGUGGCCAUCAUCUAUGAAGAGGACGAUGGCGCAUACUUGUUAACUCCGCUAAUUAACACAGAUGAAAAGCUGUGAGGCUGACUGCAGACGUCCCAUCUGUGUCCAUCUGCUGCCCACACUGGCAGAAGCGAUAUACUACCUGUUUUUGUUUUUUUUUCUUGUAACAAAAGGAGAUCUGUGUAUUAAAUGUGGCAGCGUGUUGUUGGAUCUGCUGUGAGCUUUGCACAAAUAUGGAUGAGUAAUACAGAACAAUGUUGAACAUGUUUUUUUAAGUUUUCACCCUCUACCCCUCCCAACCGUUCUCCGACCUCUUUUUAUUUGACCUUCAUGGUUUUUGUUAAUGAUACAUAUCAAAUUAAAAAUAACUUCCAUUUA